GAUCCAAAUUGAAUAUUAGUGCCCCAGAAACCCAAUUACACCGGCCCAAUUCACUGUAAACAACAAGAACCAAAAAAACCCUAAUUUUACAAAAAUUUUGAACCAAAUUGUUGUUUGUAUACUCAAAAUUUGAAAUUUUGUUUGUUGGAUUAUCUCAAUGAUGAGAGGAACCAAACGAUUCGCUCCGUCCGAUUCCAAAUCCUUCACUAACGACUCUGAGGAGGUUCAGGGCAAAAGAAUAAUGUCAGGAUCAAUUUUUGAUCCACAAAAGGCUGAGCAAUCCCAACCACAAACUAUGAAGAUGCCGCAGUUAGAUAUGCAAAGGGCUGAAUCAUCUAGACAGCAUGUGAGAGCUCUCAAUACUCAGUUUGCCAGUUGGGUCCAAACUCAGUUACAGAACCACCCUGAUGAACUUUGGGAAGAUGGACUUCAAGACUACUUAAACCACUCUUCAACUAUCAAGGAGAAGUUUAGUGACAUUGUGAAUUGGCUAAAAGCUAAUUCUACCAGUGGAGAGAAUAAAUCUACACUGGGAUCCCAAGCUGCGUCAAAGACCCUAGGGUCAGAAAAUAAUAAGGAAAGUGACGCCAGAUUAUCUUUUCUCAAACCCGCUGUUCCUGUGGCUAAUGCUACUUCAAGUUUCGGUGCAUCAUGGAGCUCAGGAGGUCUCUUUAACAAUUCAACUCCCUUUUCAUUUGGGCUUCAAUCUUCGGUACAAACCCAAAAUUCGGUACCUGCAAAAAACGAUGCUGCAAAUGAUGUUCAAGAUGCUGAAGAUGAAGUGGAGCAGCCAAGCAGCCCAUCUGUAAAGAAGACUGAAGAAAAGGGAAUCACUGUAGUUCAUGAAGUCAAAUGUAAACUUUAUGUGAAGUCAACUGAUCCAGCAGACAAUGCAUGGAAAGACAGGGGCACAGGUCAGCUUUCUAUUAGGUGUAAAGAAGGUGUUAGCAAGGGUACCCGGGAAUCCAAACCAACUAUCCUGAUUCGAAACGAUGUUGGGAAGAUUUUGCUUAAUGCAUUGUUAUAUCCAGGCAUUAAAACAAACAUGCAGAAGAACUCCGUUGUUGCAAUAUUCCAUACCUCGGGCGAUGGUGACAAUGAUGCUGUUGUCGCACGUACAUUCUUGAUAAGAAUGAAAUCAGAGGAGGAUCGAAAUAAAUUGGCAGCAGUCAUCCAGGAACAUGCUCCUGCUGCCUGAGAACUACCUUGGCAGCAAUUUUCUGUUUGUACCAUUACCCACCUCCGAGCAGGACGGAUGCUUGGAAAGGAUCACUUUACCUCUUUGACAGUUUCCUGGAAGACUCUUGACGGUCUAGCAGUUAUGGCUUUAGCUUAUUUUGCGGGACAAAUGAACUGAUCCUGUUGUUGUAGGAAGUGCUGCUCCAUCGAGAGGCUUUUACACUGUAUUAUAUAGAGGAAAGAUUUGAGAUAUGCCCAACAGAAUAAUAAGAAAUUGUAAAAGUUUCUAAUAUUUGUUGGGAAAGAGUACCUUAUUUCAUUCA